GGCGCCUCGAUGGGAGCAGGGAUUUAGGAAUGUGGAGGUUCGCCACUGGUCCGGGGAACCCGCUGCGCCAAAAAAAAACUUUUGGGUAAAGGCAUCAAAACCGCGGCUAAAGCAACGUGACGGACGCCCAGCCUGACUGCAAGGAGGCGGAACGUUAAGGCAGAGGGAUCUAUGUUUGUGGGGAUCGGUGGAAGAUGGUAAGGAUCGUGGUCCACCAGGACAACCGCAGCUGCCUAGCCAUUCCAGGACGGCGUGUACUACCCGUUCACCAGUGACACCCAGGGGACCCAUUCAUCAGCAGGGAUCCCCUCUCUUCUCAAUUCUCCACUGAGCCAGCAUUCAGCACAAGCCAUGACUCCGUCCAGCAGUGCGCCCGCCAUUCUUCCCUUCCGAUUCCGGCCACGAAGGGAGAGUGUGGACUGGAGGCGGAUCAGCGCUGUGGACAUCAACCUGGUGGUGAAUGAGCUGGAUGUGGACGCCCUUCAGGAGCACAUCAGUGCAGUGACCUUCUGCUGCCUGGACGGGGAGCGUUGUCAGCGGUGCCGCAGCCCAGUGGAUCCGUCGCUGGUCAAGCUGCUUCAGCUGGCGCAGCUCACCGUGGAGUGGCUUCUCCACUGCCAGGAGUUUCUCACCUUGAACCUGCGGGCCAUCGAGGAGCGGCUGGCGGCGGGUGACAAGGAGCGGGAACAGCUGCAGGCAGCUGCGAGUAAGGAGCACGGUCAGCUGCUGGAUCGGCACAAGAAGCAGGAGGAGCGGAUAAAGGAGCUAACCAACGAGCUCAAACAACGGAAAAAGAUCAUUCGCACCCAGCAGUCGCUUCUCGCCUCCUCGUCCCGCCUGAGCAGCCAAAAGUGCCUACAUUGUGGAAAAACCUUCCUUAACUCCUCCUUCCUCCAGGGUCACAUGCAGCGGCGGCACCCUGAGGAGUAUGAUAAACAGCUUCAGUCUGACAGCGAGAGUCUCUUUCGAAUUGAAAGCCUCAAACAGGAGAUCCAGAAACUGAAGGAGCAGAUAACUCAGCAGCAGCAGGCUCUACAGGACAAAGUGGCACAGGAGAAAGAGCAACAGUCUUUGCAGAAAGAUCUGUUGAAGGAGUUAGACCGCUUCAAAGCAGAGGAGAUGGCCCGCACAGACAGGAAGAUCGAGGACAGCAGGGACGGCAUCCGCAGAGAGAUGGAGUUUCUCUACAGCCGAAACAUUCAGUCCAUGAAUGAUGUUAACCAGAAUCAGACACUCAUGGAUGAGAACAAGCUGAAGAAGCAGGACAAAAAAUGGAAAUCUAAACUGCAGGAUUUGAAGGCUCGGCAUGAGUCGGAAAAAAAUCAGUUGCUGAACGAGCUGAGCAGGAUGCACUCGUCCGCGGCCGAGCAGGAGGACAGCAUGCGGCGACUUAAAGAGGAGACGGCCAGAAAACUGCAGGAGAAAGAUCAGAUUAUCAGGGAUCAGAGGGAGCAGAUCAAGAAGCUUUCUUCAAGUCAACCCACUAAAGUGGUUCAAGUUCCAGUCUUGGUCAGCACACCUGCCCCAGAACCAAAGCCAAAGAGAGUAGUUGUUGAGGAGCCCAGCUCUGCUCUUAAGUUGGAUCCUAUACAGGAGCUUUCAGAGGAAGAUAAAGAUUCCAGCAGCGUGUCAGAGAGAAGACCAGUGGGAAAAAAGCCAGAGCCAGUUCCAGAGAAGAGACGCCGGGUGGUGAACAAGAAGGAACUGCGUCGAGAGCUUGAACAGGCGCUGUUAAAGAAGCUGGAAACUGUGGGAGUGGAACAUGAUCAGAGAGGUGUGAAGAGCAAGGAGCUCAAAUUCAUCCUGGACAAAUUGGAGUCAAAGAGGGAAAGCGUCGCGAAAGCAAUGCCUGAGUACUGGGACCAGAGAGAGGGUUUGGUCAGCGCAAUGGAGCAAAAGUUGGGCCAAGACCUCUCUGCGAGUAAACCCAGACGCUCAGCUCAAGUUUUGCAGAUCAGGCCUCGGUCCAGCAGCCUCCCAUCCAGAGCAAGCCAAGUCACAUCAACGUCUCCAGCCAGGCACUCCAAGACCCCACAGCCAGUGCCAAGAUCUAGAACAACAGCACAACCCAAGACCUCGACGCCUAACAAUCGGAGCACUGCAAUGAAAGUCCACACAGCCAAAACCCCACCUUUCAGCUCUGAUGAGGAGUCUGAGGAGGAAUCUUCUGAGUCAGAGGAGGAGCAGCCAAAACUCCAGAGGAGCAGCGGACCUCAAAGCAGACUUGGUCAAGUGCUGCAAAUCCGAAACGGCCAGAGCGGCCUGGUCCACUCGAGACCGCCACCAUCAAGGUUUUCGUCGUCCACCAACCCACCGCAAAGCGCUGUCACCAAAACAGCGGUCACUCACAUGGAGAGCGAGGAUGAAGAAAUGGAGGACGACGAGGACUGGUCAGAUGUCAGUGAGCUGCAGGAGAUCGACCCCAACCAGCUCAGAAGUUACAGAGACCCGAAUGCAAGUCUGGACCAGAGAAAGCCUGGCAAAGAGAACAAGGUCGCUGAUCUCACUGCGAAGUUGGAGAGGCAGUCCCCAGACAGGUCAAUAAAGCGACCAGCAGGGGGCGUCAGCAUCCUGCCGCAGAGGAGGGAUGAGGUGCAGGAGCUCUCGAAUGAUGAGCUGGAGGAGAGCAGCGAGUGGGUUGUGUCAUCUUUGGAAGAGAAACAUGACAAGUUCAAAACCGCUCGGAGCUCAGGGUCACUGAGGAAGAGUCUAGACUCGUCCAGCACCAGCGUCUGGGGCACCUCCACUGGAAAAGCCCCUAAAUCCGGUUUAACUGGAGCCGGAACUGGAAGCACCCUGAAGAGCAGCCUGUGCUCACUGAGUGACAUCACGGACUCUGAUGACAGCGCUGAUAACUGACCCACCGACACCUGACUCUUCACUCACUACCUUCUUCACACUUGAAUGCUGUACCUCAAACAUGAGCAAUACUUUUAAAGGGAUGUUGAGGUUGCUGGAUUCUCCUGCAGAGGUUCUUUGAUUUGGAUUCUUUCUAUAAGCCUUGUGCCAAUUGUGUACUUGCCAUAUCAUUUUUUUAAAAAGAGAACAGAUUCUGCACUCCAGUUUUAUAGUUUUGUUUUUAUUGUAAAUUGUUUAUAUUUGUGUCUUAAGAUAAUACAUAUUUGUAAAUAUGCAUACAAGCAAUAAAAUGUGUACUGCAAUAUACAAGUGAAGUAAGAAUGGCCAAAGAACAUGUUCAUGUAAAGUUCAACCAGUAAAACUUGAGGCCAAGUCGGCUGGGACUUCCCUCUCGCAGUCCUGACUUUGACAUUCCCAUAGCAACCGAGACAUAGUAAAUACAAAUCCUGUGGGAUCUUGGCACAUCCCAAACACCUUUAGGAAGAAAUGC